AUGGAGGAGGUGGCCAAGAACGAGGAGGCCACCGAGGAGGACGACAUGGAUGUGGAGCUGCGCCUGUCGCGCUUCGAAUACCUCAUGGAGAGGCGUCUUCUGCUGCUGAACAGUGUCCUGCUGCGCCAGAAUCCGCACAACGUUCACGAGAGGCUCAAGCGGGUCAACCUUCCAGCCCAAGCUGGCGGUGGGAAUGCUGCACACCCUCUGGGGGGAGUUUGCCAAGUUCUACGAGUCCAAUGGCCAGGUGGAGGACGCCCGCGUGGUCUUCUGCUCUACGCGAAGCUGGAGGAGGAGCACGGCCUGGCCCGGCGUGCCAUGUCCGCAUGUCGGGCUCUGCCCGAGCAGCAUAUGCGCCACAUGUGCGUCAAAUUCGCCGAGCUGGAGACGAAGCUGGGCGAGGUGGAUCGAGCCAGGGCCAUCUACGCUCACAGGUGUGCGAUCCCCGCAUCACAGCGGACUUGGAAGGAGUUCGAGGUGCGUCAUGGCAACGAGGAUACGAUGCGUGAAAUGCUGCGGAUCAAGCGUUCCAUUCAGGCCACCUACAACACUCAGGUCAACAUGAUGGCUGCCCAGUUUGUCAACACGAACACGAAUGGUGUGGCUGCCGAUGCUGGUGCUGGCUCCGGACCGGAUGCCAUGCGGCUGCUCGAGGAGGAGGCCCGCCAGGCGGCGGCCGAGGCCAAGCAGAAGCCCGCCGAGAAGGCUGCCUCCAAUAUCAUGUUUGUGCGCGGCGAGACCCAGGGCGGGGCCAAGGGCAAGGAAAAUACAGUCGUCAAUCCGGAUGAGAUUGAUAUUGGCGACAGCGAGGACGACGACGACGAUGAGGAGGAGGACCCGCAGCAGCCGAGUGGAGACCAGGACGAGGCAGGCCAGGCCACAACCAAAACCGAUGACGCGGGCCUCAUCAUGAAGAAACUGCGCUUCGAACAAAAGGCCAUACCGGCCAAGGUCUUUGGCAGCCUCAAGCCGACAAAUCAAUCCGAUUCCGAUGAGGGAUAAAUCUUUUGUUUCUUUUGAUUAGGCGAAAUAUAAAUGUAUGUCUGUGGAAUACUUCCCUCGAUUUGAGACCUAUUCUUCGGAGACCUAUUCUUCGUUUUGUUCGAAAAUUCAAUAAUUCCUCGAAUCUCAGCAGGCGUUGGCAAUGUUUCCCUGCCAGAGUUU